AUCUUUGUUUGUCACUCUUAUCUCCUCACUUUCUGAAAAAUGUACAGCAUUGCAUGCAUACCUGACCAAAUAUAAAUGCAAUUUGGGUAUGGUGUGUAAAUUUAGGAGGUAAAGAAAAAGACGUGGCGCAGCUUGCAACCUCUAUGGUGUACACGUGUAUACACUCGAAGACUGUAUCCACUAUUCUACUCCCCACGUAUUAGAAUUAUUAAUAUUAAUAUCUCUAACAUCGCUUCUUCACCGAUCUCAUCCUCAAUUCCAUCUAUCCACCGAUAACAAUUACUAAUUAAUUAGCACAAGAGAGAGAGAGAGGGGAAUGGCAUCAAACCUGCUGCCUGCGUUUGCAUACACGGUUGUGUACGUGAAAGAUGUGGCCAAAUCUGUUGAAUUCUACUGCAAGGCCUUCGGCUACAACGUCCGCCGCCUAGACGCUUCUCACCGAUGGGGGGAGCUGGAGACCGGGACGACCACGAUAGCGUUCACACCGGCAAAGCAACACGAGACGGAUGAUCUCACCGGGAGCGUCAAGAACCGCCAAAGGAAUCCCGUCGAGGUUUGCUUUGAUUACGCCGACGUUGAUGUCGCCUUUAAGAGAGCGGUGGAGAAUGGGGCGGAGGCGGUGGCGAAGCCGGAGGAGAAAGAGUGGGGCCAGAAAGUGGGGUACGUCAAAGAUAUUGAUGGUAUCGUCGUCAGAUUGGGAAGCCACGUUCGAUCAUCCUAGACCUAUAUAAUGCAAAGAAAUGUAAGGCUAAGAAGUAUACUAUAUAAUAGCUUUAUAAUAAAAUAAGUAUAUAACUAGUUUUAUAAUAACGUGUGAGCGGAAAUUCGGGAAUUCCAAUACCAAAAAUUAAGCCUAAAACCUAUCUUUCGCUCUCAAAUAUGUUGCCUAUAGUCUAUACCAAGUUCAUAUCAGUGCAAGUUAAUGAUUUCUUUAGAAUGAGGUCCCUCUUGAGAUUUGAAUAUGGGUCACAAUACGUGUGUGUACAUGAAUCAAGAAUGUAGCUAUGGAAGUAAGUAAAUUUAUUUUACAAAGAUCCCUAAUCUAAUCCUUUAAUCUCUGUAAUUGAUCUCUUCCUUAUUAUUUUCGA